AUGGGUUCUCGAUUCCAAUCUCAUCAGCUCAGCAAUGGUCUUUAUGUAUCGGGCCGCCCGGAACAGCCAAAGGAAAGAAUGCCAACAAUGAGCUCGUCGGCCAUGCCCUACACUGGUGGGGACAUCAAGAAGUCGGGCGAGCUUGGAAAGAUGUUUGAUAUUCCUGUUGAUGGCUCAAAGUCUAGGAAAUCUGGACCUAUAUCCAAUGCUCCAAGGGCAGGAUCUUUUGCCGGUGCCGCUUCUCAUUCUGGACCUAUUAACCCCAAUGCUGCAGCCAGGUCCAGCUAUUCUACCUCGGGUCCUGUAUCUUCCAUGGGGGUACCUGGUUCGACGUCAAUGAAGAAAUCAAAUUCUGGGCCACUUAAUAAACAUGGAGAACCUAUUAAAAAGUCCUCCAGCCCUCAAUCUGGGGGAGGGACGCCUAAUGCUCGCCAAAACUCAGGUCCUCAACCUCUAAAUCUUCCUGCAACAGGUCUCAUCACAUCUGGACCCAUUACAUCUGGUCCACUGAACUCAUCUGGGGCCCCAAGAAAGGUUUCUGGUCCUUUGGACUCAACGGGAUCAAUCAAGCUACGUGGUUCUUCAGUAGCUAACAACCAGGCUGUGACGACUCUUGGUCAAGAUGAUGACUAUUCCUUCAAAAGGAACCUCCCAAAACUUAUAUUGUGGGCAAUGAUUUUACUUUUCGUAAUGGGAUUCAUUGCUGGGGGAUUUAUUUUUGGUGCUGUGCACAAUCCUAUUCUCCUCAUUGUCGUUGUGGUUCUAUUCUGCAUCGUUUUUGCCUUAUUUGUAUGGAAUUCUUGUUGGGGAAGAAAAGCUAUCAUUGGAUACAUUUCCCAUUAUCCAGAUGCUGAAUUGAGAACUGCCAAAAAUGGGCAAUACGUCAAGGUUUCCGGGGUGGUGACCUGUGGAAACGUGCCCCUUGAAUCAUCCUUUCAAAGAAUUUCUAGAUGUGUCUACACAUCUACCAGUUUAUACGAGUAUCGAGGUUGGGAUUCUAAGGCUGCAAAUCCUACACACCGUCGUUUUACCUGGGGAAUUAGAUCGUUGGAAAAGCAUGCUGUCGACUUCUACAUUUCUGAUUUUCAGUCUGGACUAAGGGCAUUGGUUAAAACUGGCUAUGGUGCACGGGUGACUCCAUAUGUCGAUGAAUCCCUUGUCAUUGAAGUCGAUCCACUGAAUAAAGAGUUGACGCCAGAAUUUGUCAGAUGGUUGGGAGAGAGGAAUCUUUCAAGUGAUGACCGUGUCAUGCAAUUGAAGGAAGGUUAUAUCAAAGAAGGAAGCACAGUUAGUGUAAUGGGAGUUGUUCAGAGAAACGAAAAUGUGCUUAUGAUAGUUCCUCCCGCAGAGCCAUUCGCAACGGGAUGCCAGUGGACUAAAUGUAUAUUUCCCGCUAGUCUCGAGGGAAUUGUUCUGAGAUUUCUGCUUUUCUGCGUUCAGUCUUCUCUUGGAAAGAUUAAAAGCAGAUACUGCAAGAGCUGUGCCUUUAUCUUUCUGCUUUGGAGUGGCAGAGUCCAUGUGAUGAUUGGUUGCAAAGAGAACUGGCAUACACCUGGAUUAGAGCACUGGAGUAUUGUUGUGAAAGAUGGCAAAGCUUUAGAAAAGGACUGGAAAAUGGAGAUUCCCAUACCUUGUGGUGGACCGCACAGGGCUUGUAUUGUGGUUAAUGAUCGCUUGUAUUUUAUUGGCGAUCAAGAAGGUGAUUUCAUGGCUAAACCAGGAUCUCCCAUUUUUAAGUGCUUCCAUCGAAAUGACCUUGUGUAUGAUGAUGAUUACAUGCUAGAUGAUGAUAUGAAAUGGAAAUUGCUGCUUCAUAUGCCAAAUCCCGAUUCUCACAUUGAGUUUGCCUGGGCAAUUGUUAACAACUCUAUUGUUAUUGUUGAAGGCACCACAGAGAAGCAUCCUGUAACUUGGAUAGAUUUUCCAGUUCCAAUUAGAUACUCAGUCCAUCUUUAA